UCGCUCAGGCGGUGGGAGCGGCAAGAUGCAGGAGCUCAUUUCCAACGUGGAGCACAUCAGGUUCGAGCUGGAGAUGGCGGUGGAGCAACAGCUCGGGGCGCAGCCGCUGCCCUUCCCCGGCAUGGACAUUCUUAAGUACACAACUGCUGCAGUUUGAUAUAACAACAGAACCCUGUAUGAAUCACUGCCUUCGGAUAGCCCACAUCAAGUUAGCACCUUUGUAAAGGAGAUAUCUCUGGAGUACUCCGACCAGCUGCAACUUUCCGACCACACCAUCGUAACAAUGAUUAACACCUUCUCUCCUGAAGGAGCAGCAAUUUUGAAUGAGCCAAAUGAUGAGAACAAAUAGACUAACCCACUUUAUUCAGCAAUCAAUCUAUGUAAACACAGUUUUAAACUGGUGCCACUUUGGAUACUUCUGGCUGCCAGCCAUCUGGAUCAGCAUGAAAGAGUGGUCGACAUUCUUGAUAGUCUGGGGCAGCUGUCUGUGAAUUCUUUCUGAGGGCAUCAUGUGGAAAGGGUGGAAUGUGCCCCUUUCGCCACAUCAGCGGCGAGAAGACGGUGGUGUGCAAGCACUGGCUGAGAGGGCUCUGCAAGAAAGGAGAUCAGUGUGAAUUCUUACACGAGUACGACAUGACCAAGAUGCCCGAGUGCUAUUUCUAUUCCAAGUUUGGCGAAUGUAGUAACAAGGAAUGUCCGUUUCUACACAUUGAUCCUGAGUCCAAAAUCAAAGACUGCCCCUGGUAUGACCGAGGGUUCUGUAAACAUGGUCCUCUGUGCAGACACCGGCAUACACGGCGAGUCAUCUGUGUAAAUUAUCUGGUAGGGUUCUGUCCUGAAGGCCCCAGCUGUAAAUUCAUGCACCCUCGGUUUGAGCUGCCAAUGGGUACUGGUGUUGAUCAACCGCCGUUACAGCAACAGCAACAGAUACUCCAAAAGCAGAAUCUCACCCCGUUUCUUCAGCGAUCAUCCUCUCUGGUACAGAUUCCUAGUGCCAACAUCAUUGUUGGGCAGCAGAAGUCAAAUACACAAUCUGGCGGACCUAUGCAGCCAUCCCAAUUUCAGACAUUGUCAAAUCGAGGCCCUAGACCUUUGGAGCAAGUCACAUGUUAUAAGUGUGGUGAAAAAGGACAUUAUGCUAACCGAUGUACCAAAGGACACUUGGCAUUUCUUAGCGGUCAGUAGCAGAGUCACUGGUGAACGAGACCUUGGAGAACUCAAGUUCAGCUGAUGCCCCAGAUGGAGUAUACGUUAUUCUUGGAUGGGGUUAGAAGUUGGAAAACAUAAUUUAUCUCCCAACCCCUUUAUGCACAUUGUGACAGUUGCUACUGCAGUCUGUGCCACAGUUUUAAGGUUUGGUGUCAGGAUGCACUGUGAAGAAUGAAAAAGCCAUUUAGAAUAGUUUCCACUGUAUCUGGUUCCAACCAUACUGUUUAAUGUCCUACAGCUUGUAUUUUCCAGUGAAACCUGGUUCAGAUUGGCAGUGGGUUGGAUUGGUAAGAAACUGAGGAAGAGAAAAUUGCAGACUCACCAAAUCGCUAGAAGAUACUAAAAAUUGUGAUAUUUCUAUCACAUAGUUGUGCACGUACUUAGUUUUUUUUUUGUUUCUCUAAAGUUUUUUCCAAUUGAGGGUGGUUUUGAGUCAGGUAUUGAGCUGAAGCUGCUCUGAUCCGUUUUUAGAGGCCUUUGGCAGGCAUACCCCUCAACUGUGGCAGUAUCAUCUCGGCACUUUGAGCAUAUGUGCCGUUCUCUGUAGAACCACAGGAUUGGCUGUUCUUAGUGCCUGUUACAAGCCUGCUCCUUUUUCUGUAGUGGAGCUAUUUGAUGUUGGGAUGUUCUGAUUAAAGUGAGGCACUUGAGAAGUAUACUUGUAUGUAAAAGUGUUGAGGGUGGAGCUUGAGGACAUCCUUAAUCUAAUUGGCAUUUGAUAGAUCUACACUAGGUACAUGAAUAAUGUCAGAACACAUUGUAACACCCAAUCUCGUAUACUGAUAUGAAAACCAACAGAAAAUCCUGGUCACAUGUCGAUUUGGGUGAAAAUAUCUCUGAUUUGCAACUUGAUAAUUGAUGAGGAUUACUUUAGGUCAUGUAGAAUUACUUGCUAGGGUGUCUUAUUAAUUUGCCUGUGCAUUAUCACCUUUUAUAAGAAAGAAUGUUUUUAGUUUGUGGCAAAAGAAAAAUGCAAUAAGAAUUGCAGAAAUUCUACUCUUGAAGCCUAAAUUACCUUAUGAUUGUCGUGUUCAUUUUUAUCCAAUUUAAUAAAUAUUUUUUAACAAA